AUGCCUCUGUGGAAGCAGGUGGCACUCAUGGACGAACGCGGGACAGAGAAGUUGCAGAUUUUAGAUUUUUCUGCUAGAAUUAGCUGCUUCCGUAUCGAUGUCUUUGAAAUGGUGGACUUAGAGGAUAACCAUGUCCAUGAAAAGCUGGUAUCUCUUAGUUUGCUUCAGAAAGACUUUGUGCCUUUUCUGCUAAAUUUUUUAAGGGAGCAGACCAGCCAGAUCCUGACUAAUGGACCCUCUACUCCUGCUAAAACCCCUAAUUCCAAGGCCCAUGGGAGCCAGAGGGCGGGAUCAGAAAGGAGGACAGGCCACGCAACCAGCAGCCGAGUGCAGCUCUUCUCCCAAAGGACUUCGGUGGCCACCUGCACCACAGAUACCACCAGCUUUUCCCCUGCUGUGGCAUCCAGCGGCUCCUCUUCCCUUUCUGGAUCAAACCUGUCUAGCCCUUGCGGUGACUUCCCUAGCGCGGUCUCCAGUAGCAGCCCAAGCUUUGGGUACAGCCCUGUGCUUAACCACGGUGAGAAGCGGUCAUCUCAGAAGGUCAGCUUGGGGAGCUUCCUUACAGCCACACCUGAAGCCCUGCCAGCGAGACGAGGCCGAAGGAAAGGAAACAGCUCAGUCAGUGCCUCCGGCCGGCAGGUAGCUCGGGACCUGGGGCAUUCCCUUGCUGAAGAGGAAGAUGGAAAGAAUGACGGUGUAUCGUGGAGUGGAGGGAGAAGGAAGCGGAGUGAAGUGCCUCUUGUUUCUGCCAGAUCCCCACCCAGCCAGCUAAAUCUUAACAACCUGGAGGAGUUUCCGCCCAUGGGUGCUGCCCCUGGCUGGACAAACAAAAGCAAACCAUCAAGACGAAUCAACCCAACGCCUGUAAGUGCUGAGCGUCCCCUCUCAAAACCAAAGAUGUGCUUCACUUCGACACCUGUCAGCCAGUCUCCAGCUGCUCGAUUUUCAUCUGGGUCAAGCUCUGAUGCCUUUACUACUGUCCAGGAAGGAAACCUUACAUCUGCGAUGAACAACAGUCUUCAAGAGGAGAGGGAGAUGCUGAAGAAAGAACGAUGCAAACUGCUGCACCAGGCGUCUUCUCCUGCAGGGAUAUCUCUUGAUCCUGGCACUCCUACUAAGCCUAGCUACACUCGCAGUGCCAGCCUUCCUUAUCGCACUUCCUCUCUUCCAGAAAACCUGGUACCAAAUAUUUUUCUGGAGCUCUUUUUUGUUCUGCAGCUGUUGACAUCUAAAGGCACUUCUGCUGCAGAGGAUGGGGAUAGUGACCUUGAAGUCAAUGAAGGAAGUAAAGAUGCAUCAGGGAGACAGCAUUUCCGAAGUGUGCACAAUUGUGUUUAUUUUGCUGUUCAAGUCUUGGAUUAUCAGUAUGAAAUUAUUUCCUAUUUAGAAAAGGGGACGCUGAAGCUCUUGGCUGAAAACGAACGGAUUGCAUCUUUUUCUCCCACCUUGCACGAGAGGCUAAGGCAGGCUUAUGAAAGCAGCACAGCCAAGGUGUCUCUCCUGCUGCCAUGCUCGGUACAAUCUGUUUCUUUCCAGCCAGAAACUGACAAUCGCUCUAACUUUCCCAGUGACAGAGCAUUUCACAUAUUUAAGAAACAAAGGGAUAUCUUUUAUGAACUGCUGCGUGAAUGGGAGGAUAACCAUGAAAAAACUGGCUGGGACUUUGAAAGAGUUCUGGGCAACAAAAUCAGGGCCAUGAUGGCUCACCUGUCUGCAACCUGCAACCACAGCCAUUUUGCCAGGCUCUUUCAGAAACAGCUUAUCCAGAUGUGUAAAGGUCCUAUUGGUGGUGGCACAAGCGGGGGAGACACCCCGGACCAGGAUGUCCUUAAUAUGCUGGGUUCCGAUAAUUUGAGCCGUCUGAAGAGGCUGCAGGAAAGAUUUGUUGUUCCUCAGAGCAUCAGAGGACCUUGUCCACCCCCUUCUUUCCCAGGGUGCCAGCAGUUCUUCAGGGACUUCAUCCUCAGCGCAGGAAGUUACCAGUUCAAUCAGCACCUGGUGGACAGUCUGUGCCUGAAGAUACUCGAGCUGGAUGGCCUUACUCUGGUGGAGCAUGAGCACAGUGAUGGGGAAGCAGAUAUGGAUGAACAGGAUGAAAAGAAGCGUUUCACUGUGGUUCUGUUAAGCCUACGACUCCUUGGCAAGUUCCUGGGCUUUCUUGUUUUCUUGCCAUAUCGCACUGUGGAGCAACCAACUAGAGACUUGCAAGACUCUGCAGUAGUGUUAAGAAACCAAACCCUGCCUGUACUGGAUGUAUUGAAGCUGCUGAGACAGUCUAUUCGGGAUCAACGUUCUGUCCUCACUGUUCCUUGGAUUGUGGAGUAUCUUUCCCUUGUGGAUCAUAUUGCUCCUUUCCUUGAUUACUACAGGAAAGUAUUUUGUCUCUUGUUGCAGGUAUACAGGUUAAUGGUCCUUUCUGAAGAUAAGGAGAUAAGUUUCCUGAACAAGCUGCUGAUCCUUGCAGUCCUGGGUUGGCUUUUUCAGGUUCCAUCAGUACCUGAAGAGUUGUUUUUCACCACUGAUGUCAGGCAGGAGGGAUGGGUGAUGGAUACUGUGACAUCUGCUCAGGCUUUGGACUCUGUACCCUUGGUGGAUCAGCAGUUACUUUAUACCUGCUGCCCCUACCUUGGUGAGCUGCGGAAACUGCUUGCCUCUUUCGUGGCUGGUAGUGGAGCAAAAAAUGGUGGCUUUGUAAGGAAGAUCACUCCCACAGCUGCAGAGUCCUUGGUACCCAAGGCUUCUGUCACACAGCGGAAACUGCAGGUAGAGUUGGAACAGGCCUUCUUCCACAACCAGCCUCCCUCCCUCCGGAGAACAGUUGAAUUUGUGGCAGAGAGGGUGGGAUCCAACUGUGUUAAGCACAUCAAAGCAACACUGGUAGCAGAGUUGGUUCAAAGGGCUGAAGUCAUGUUGCAGGAUAAGGUGAAGGAGGAGGAUGCUAAUCAUGACAAGUUGCUUGAAGAGGUGUGCGCUCAUCUGUAUGAGGAAGGGGCCCAGGCACUCGUCAAAGGCGGAGAAUUUUGCAAAAAGAAAGGUCCUGAGGCAGUAAGGGUGUUAUUGCCAGAAGAGACAUCUGCGGCAGUUUUAAGUAGUGCAGAAGACAUUGCAGUGGAGCUGGCUACUGAGAAAGCCUGUGGCUGGCUUUCUGCCAACAUUGCAGCACUCAUCAAAAGAGAAGUGAAGGCAACCUUCAACAGAAUGCUGAAAGUCCCAGGACUUCCCUUGCCCGGUGAGGAGGCUUUGGAGUUGAGAAGGGACUGCCCUCCAGGCUGUCAGCACUGUGCUCCGUUUCCCUCCCAAAUCAUCAAUGAGAUAAAGGAUGUGCUCUGUGUUGCUGUGGGCCCACGGGAUGAGGGUGAAGUGAUUGACUGCGUCUGGCUGGAGAGCCUGCUAGGAAGAUUGAGUCAGACACUUCGAUGCAGAAAGUUCAUGUGUCCCACAUCAGAGCAGCAGCUGGCAAAGUGCACAGUUGAGUUGGCUUCUUUGCUGGUUUCAGAUCGUGUUCCUCUGAGUCUUGGGAUCAGGUCCCCAGAGAAGAGCUCCGAGAGGCUGCGUGUAAAGAAUGAUCCCUCCUGUGGCCUUCUAAAGCUGCUGCUUUCGGUCUGGAAGGAGGACUUUGGGACACCUGUUCCUGUGCAGCUGAUCUUCAGCAAGAAGAACAUCGGUUAUCUUGCAGAAGUUAAGCAGCGAGAGUGGGAUUUGUUCCUUUUUGUGCUUCAUGGUCUUGUAGAAUGUGAACUAAUGAGAACUAGCGAAAUAAAGAGUUGCUUGCGUAGCCUUGAAGAGCUCCCUUGGCCCUCUGAUUUCUUAAAAAAACUGGAAAUGCUGUCCAGAGUGUUUCUAUCAGAACAUCGUAUAGAAGAGCCCAGGACUAACCCUUGUGAGCUGACCAGGCAAUCUCUAGCAACAGGCUGUGACCAAAGCCAGGAAUUGAUUCAUGUGGACAAGUUACUUGGUGAUCAGAGGGAGGGUUUCCUGGUGGCUGUCUCUUCUCUUAAGGGGAUUUCUCAUGCUGUCUUUUAA